GGGCCCGGCCCCCUGAUUGGCGCAGUGCGCGCAUGCGCGGUGGCCGGUCUCGCCCAGCUGCAGUGCGCAGGCUCGGUGAUCGAGGGCCGAGCGGAGAGCGGGCGAGGCGGACACCGCUACACGCUGGCGAGCGAGAGGCCGGCGGAGGCACAGACACCCCGAGCAUGGAAGCCAUCGCCAAGUACGAUUUCAAGGCUACGGCCGACGAUGAACUGAGCUUUAAGCGCGAAGACAUCCUGAAGGUUUUAAAUGAAGAAUGUGAUCAGAACUGGUACAAGGCUGAGCUGAAUGGAAAAGACGGCUUCAUCCCAAAGAACUACAUUGAAAUGAAACCACACCCGUGGUUCUUUGGGAAAAUCUCCAGAGCAAAGGCAGAGGAACUGCUCAGCAAACAGAGGCAUGAUGGAGCCUUCCUCAUACGGGAAAGUGAAAGUGCACCCGGCGACUUCUCGCUCUCCGUCAAGUUUGGCAAUGAUGUACAGCAUUUUAAAGUAUUGCGUGAUGGAGCAGGGAAGUACUUCUUGUGGGUAGUAAAGUUUAAUUCUCUGAAUGAACUGGUGGAUUAUCACAGAUCAACAUCUGUGUCUCGGAACCAACAGAUCUUCCUGCGUGAUAUCGAGCAGGUCCCACAGCAACCCACAUACGUCCAGGCACUCUUCGACUUCGACCCGCAGGAGGAAGGCGAGCUUGGCUUCCGCCGUGGUGACUUUAUCCAGGUUCUGGACAACUCAGACCCCAACUGGUGGAAGGGCAGUUGCCACGGGCAGUCGGGCAUGUUCCCUCGCAAUUAUGUCACUCCGGUCAACAGAAACAUCUGAUGGACAGCAGUGCUGAAACCUGAAGGCAAUCACGGCUCCCCCGUGAACUUCGCAGUCUGUAUGGAACUUCAAACUAGAGCGCCAAAACCAAUUCUGAGGUGGAACAGAAAAGCUGAGUGGUUUUACCAAUAGGUUUCCACAGCUGCUUCCCCCUCUUCUCUAACCCACCCCUCUCCUCUUCUCUUUCCCCCUGUAAGUCUGUGCAUGGGUUAUAAUUCCAUUACUCUAAUCCUGUUGUAGAAUUUAAUGUUUUUUCUCUAUGCAAAUAUUGGAUAAUCUUAUCAGCAAUGUAACAUGGGCCAGAGGUCAGUAACAGUCCUUGCCUUGGGUCUUUUUAAAAGAAAACGAAUCAUUCUUGGCCUUGUGCAUUUCCACAUGGAAUUCCUGCUUUGUUUUCUUUGUACAAAUUGUUAAUUUAGCUUGUCCUUGGAAAUAAGCCUAAAGUUUCCUCUAGCAGCUAGCAGCUAUAGGAAUCAUGUAUAAAUCGUCAAGAUGACUUGCAAUUGUAGAAAAUAACUUGGCGGCUUUUAUCAACAGCAUGUUCUAGGAGUUUAUACAGGAGGUCGGGCUACUAAUGGUUUUAAAGGUGUUUGGCUGAGCACUUCCUGAAUUCUGUCUUCAUAGUGCCUUUUGAUUCUUUUUGGAUUUUUUUCUGUACCAAUAUUUUUUUUUCUUGCUCUAAUUCACCUCGAUAACUGAGGGCUUCGAGUCAGUUGAUGGGCAAAUAUUGGGCAAUUCACACUGAUGUGCCAUUGGCCAUCUGGCCUGUGACUGGGGCAGGGGUGUCGACUGAGACCAGGCAUGGAGAACCCAGCAACUUAAUGUUUGAACACACUUCUCAAAUGCUGAGAAAUUACAUUUGUCCCCCUUUUCCUCUCCGAUGCAAGCUGAGGCUCCAGUCAAGCAGCGAGCUAGGUAUUUUUCAUUUGUAAAGCUAUGAUUGUCAUGCCAAGUUUAAAAACGUACUAGUACCGCUAGAGUUUGUAUAACAGGUGUAUUUUGAAAAUGAUGGGUUAGUCUACAAAGGGGCUAAUUCUUCAGGCUCUGGCGUUGAAUUCCUGCUACCUGCUCCCUGUGCCCACUGUGGAGUAGGACUAACUACAUAAUCCUGCUGCUCUCUCCACAGCCAGUCUGCACCAUUCAGCCCAGCUCAUCCCCUCCAGCCAGACUAAUAUUUAUAAAAACAGCAGUGGUUCUGCUGCGUUGCUGGGGGAGCUGCAGAAUUUCACCCACCCAUCCUGGACAAUGGGAGUUUGAUUUUUGAGCUGAACACGAUAUCUGAUGACAUAACUGAGAAAUUCUAGUUCUUAGUGAACUUUGGUUUUUAAAGCUGUCUUGCAUUUUUAUUAAAUUCUUUGCUUCUAUCACAAUCAAGCACUGUAAUAAUUUAUUUCUUAGGCCAUUUUGCUUUUUAAGUGAGAGUGAUCAUGAAAAUUAGUUGCAAUUGAACCGAUGUCGAAAGUUACUGCUGUUCAGGCCUACUGCCUUAGAUCCAUGGAAAUGACAGCUAUUGCUGCUGCUCACAUGGGUGACCCCAGCCCAGUUACACUUUGCCAAAUCUGCCAUGAUGGGUAAGCCUGCUAUUUGGAAUUGUGGAAUCUUCUUGGCUGUCUCCACAUUUUACAUGCUGUUCAGCUGAUGUGCCACCCAAGCCACUGAUGUGAAAGUGGUUUGUAUGCCAGACAUAGCCACCCAGUGGGUUGAAUCUGGCAGCUACAAAAUUCCUGGUGGUACAGGAGCAUCUUGCCAUGGGAGGAGUUGGUGGGCAGGCUAAAUGGGCACACAAGUCCGAAAACCUGUCAUAUGUUGCUUGCCUCUGUUAGCAUUACAACCUUGGAGGAUGAGCGAACUUCGGACAGAGAAAUUGAGGGUGUUGGGUAGAUCAUCAUCAGAAUUUACCAGUCCAAGGAAAGAGGAAUAUCCAGAGUUGUCACUGGGAAGUCUGGAGCCAGUAUAUGGGCAUUCACUACAAAUAAGGAAUAAGGUUAAAAUUUGUGCCUACAUGUUGUCACCAUGAAAAUCUGACCCCAUCUGGUUAGUAUUGAUAAAAUGACGUGAGCUGUCUCUGCAAUGGCACAGGAUAACAGUUAGUACCUAAAUAAUGUUAAGGAUGUCUCAGGGCAAUAAUUGAGAAGGCAGAGUUGCAGAUCCAUUGCUGAGAAUCUUUUGCUGAUGCAUCAACUGUUGAAGGACAGAUUAGAAAAGAAACUCUGGGUUCAUUCAAAUGUCAGAAUUCACCAAAUGUAGCCUGGGGAUAGGAGCAUCGUGACAAUGCUGCAGUCAAGAGGUCUGGGUACACGUUGAGGCAAGCUCCAAAGCAGAUAGGUAUUAAAGCUCCCAAUCCACUCCCUGGCAUCAUCUGCCUUGAUCUCUGUGGUGUUGGCAGUUCCUCCUCCACUAUCCCCACCUUUCCCUACACACCUCCUUUGCCAUGCCUGUGGGAGAUAACACACAUUGACAUUAAAUAUAUAUAUAUAUAUCUAUAUAAUUAAUUGUAAACAACAGCUUGUGUGUUUAUUGAUGUUUGGUUUCUGUUUUGCGGAUGUGACCAACUAGAGCUACCACCUAUGCGUUAAGUACAUGGACAAGGAUGCAUCUGGUUCAGCACCUGCACAGUCCAAUUUCCUGCAUGCACUUUCAAGGACUGUCAAUAUAUCACUUGAUUUAAGGGGAAAUAAAAUACUUCUGACUGAGAGCCAGUAAGCUGAAUGGUGGGUAAUGCCAUUUGUCUGGAGUAGACAUUGGACUGUAUCUUAUAGAGUGCUUAAACAUUCACAGCCUCUGGAACCAUACACAACUCGUCAGUAGUGGCAAGUGGAACCCACCCAUUAAGUCCUGGUAGCUGAAUCAGAAUGCAUGUAUUAUGAUGCAAUGACUCUGAGCUAGAUUGAAGCUGCUCACUCUGUAAUGGUAACUUCUGUUCCCCAGCCCACAGUUCGUUGUUUUGUAAUAACAGUUCCUAAAAUAGCCGGCAAUGGAAAUCAAUGCCAAUGUUUAAGCUGAACAAGAAUGCUGUUAUACAGAAUUAUGUACGUGUGGUGCAAAUUUAUUUAAUUUUUAAUUGCAUAAAUCUGUAAGCACAGCAUUCAGUGUUGUGACUGGGCUUGGUUAGCAUAUUCUAGCACCAAUAUCUCACUCUGGCACCAGAGGAUUACUCUUCAAUCAAUACAUUAUAAUUUUGUUUGAUCUUAACACAUCCUCUCAGUCAUCCACAAUAGAUUAUAUUUACUCAAAUUAUAGAGUAACAAACUUGCCCCACUGUACCUUAUCCUGACAUUAUACUGUGACAGACAUAUACCCAUACCAGUAAAAAAUAUCCUGUUGUACAUAUACUGAACUCUGAUAGAGUGACAUAUUUAUCCUCCUGUACUAUAUACCCUAAUGUGCUGUGACAUUUGGUAAAAUGGAUAGUAAUUGGACUGCUGGCUAUUUUUGGUUUAUGCUGAUUAAUAUUUUGUAUGCCGAUCAUUACCCUGAGGUAGUGGAGGUACAAGUGGAACGACACGUUUACAGCAAAUGUGUGUAGCCACUUCUUAUGUACAAUCCAUGGAAUACAGCAACAAGUCUGGAGCACAGUGGAAAAUGUGUAUAGGAGAAGGGAGCUGACUAAUGAACUGGUCAGGCAUUCAAAUGAAGUAUGGUAAUUCUGGUUACCUUCUGGGGUCAGAUUGCAGGCAGUAUUGGGCACCAGGAGGUUUGACUGUGUUGCAGGUUGGUCUGAAAUUAAGUUUUGGUUCCUGGAGUCCAGUAACAUAUUAAUUUAAUUUCCUUGAGUUUGUUUCUGCCUUACACUGGGAAACUGCUAAGAAAUGAUGAGACUUAUGAUAUUGAGCUUUCCACUACACACUGUCACCUAAACUAUUACACUGUGUGUGAGAGCUUUUGGCAAAUGGACCAUUUGAUUGUUUACUUUUUUUGAAUUAGUGUGUAUCAUAAGCCGUGCAGACAUUUCGUGUAUAUAUUAAAACAAAUCAUUGUUAAAAUGGAAAGGCCUGUGUACUUAUCCCUUGAUUCUCAAUGCAUUUGGUAGUUAGAAAUUAACUGUGAAUAAUAAAAUGCUGUGUAUUCUU